AUGGUUACGCCACACGCAGACGUAUUCCAUGUUAACGGUGAGCUGUUAGAGUCGGAGUUACAGCUGCUCGAAACCCAAUACCAAUUAGAGUACAACGGCACCAAACAACUGCACGCGGCCAACAUGAGUUGGCUGAAUGUGGGCGAGAAGAAGAUCUGCUGGGACAACCUCAACAAGAUACACGCGCUAGAGCGACAGAUGCUAGUGCAGCAGAAGGAGGCCGAGCUCACCAGAGGGGUACAGAAUCAUAGUCAUCGGCUGGAGAUGCAGAGCGAGAUCAACAAACAGCGCAAUGCCAAUCUACAGGCGAUCAUCCGCGUCAUGAGGAAGAAGCAACUGCCCAGAGACCAGGACACCCAAUUUAGAAGCGCAUUACAUGUAUGUCCACGCACCGUUGCGCCGCACUCUCACGUACACUCCAUGGAUGAGAACAAGGUCAGGUUUAUGGCGUCGGAGGAGAGGAAGAGGAAGCGACUGGCGGCAGAGAUGGAUGAAAAGAUUAGACACAUGAAUCAGCAGUCGGCUGAACAGGCCGAGGCGGAGAUGUCGGAGAUCAACGAGUACAAUGAACUCAGGAAAGAGAAGAUGCACCUCAAGAACCAGAGCGCGGACGAGGCUUCAAAGCGCAAAUACGACAAACAAGUGGAAGAAUUCCACCAGAACUUCGAAACACACCUUGAACAACUAACAGCCAGGCAGAAGCUAGAGAUGGAGUCAUUGGCCCACAAAUACGUACAAUUGCGAGAUCAAGUGAUUGAGAAGUGGUCCAACGCGGCCGCGGGCGGGUCGAGUGUGUCGUUGAACAACAGUUCGCAGUCCGGACUCAACUUGGUUUCGUCUAUCCGCUCCUCCUCAUCGAUGUCUAGUCACCGCAGCUUUAGGACGUGAGGUAGCGCACCUCUAUCGCCGAAAGCCUUCUAAACAGUACACCCCCCGGUGGCAUGAGUGUGAGCGUACCUGAGCUCUACGGCGGCAUAGUAUAAUGGCCACAGACUCAGUUUUAGGGGUUUAGAGUUGGCUUGAGCGUACCUGAGCUCUACACCGACAUAGUAUACUGGCCACAGACUCAGUUUUUGGGUUCUAGAGUUGUGGCUUGAGCGUACUUGAGUUCUACGCCGGCAUAGUAUACUGGCCACGGGCUCAGUUUUAGGAUUUUAGGGUUGGCUUGAGCGUACUUGAGCUCUACGCCGGCAUAGUAUACUGGC